AUGGAGGGGAACUUGACAUACCUGUCCAGUGGAGGAGGCUUCGAGGACGUGCUGGAGGAUUACACGUCACUGACACCCAACACCUCUGCAGCCUAUGACUACAUGGACUUCUACACAGAUCUGGACAUCAACUGUGGCCUUGGACACAUCCCAGCAUUUGCAUCUACCUUUUUCCCAGUGCUGUACUCCCUACUGUUCGUGACUGGCCUCGUGGGAAAUGCUUUGGUCAUUUGGAUCCUAACACUCAGGAAAGUCAAGGCCGUGGCCGACAUGUACCUGCUGAACCUCGCCAUCUCUGACCUCCUCUUUGUUUUCUCCCUCCCUUUCUUGGUUCAGUACUCCAUCGUGAGCCAGUGGACUUUCGGAAAUGCCAUGUGUAAAAUCAUCAGCUCAGCUUACUUCAUUGGCUUCUACAGCAGCGCCUUCUUCAUCACCAUCCUGAGCAUUGACCGGUACUUGGCCAUCGUGCAGUCCGUGCACGCUCUGCAGAUCCGCACGCCUGCCCACGGCCUCCUCACCAGCCUGCUCCUUUGGGCACUUGCCAUUUUAGCAGCGACACCAGACUUAGUUUUUUUCCAGGCAAUGAAUGAAAAUAACUGGACUAAGUGUGUCCCUCAUUAUCCUGGCAGUGACAAUGGCUGGAAGAUCUUCAGCAAUUUUGAAGUCAAUAUCCUGGGGUGGCUGAUCCCCGCUGCCAUCCUCACCUUCUGCUACCACAGCAUCUUGAAAAACCUGCCCAAGUGCCACACUCACAACAAGUACAAGGCAAUGAAACUGGUUUUUAUCGUCGUCAUUGUGUUCUUCCUCUUCUGGACCCCCCUCAAUGUCACCCUUUUUCUGAACUCUCUGAGGUACAUGUACAUCCUGGAUGACUGCCACACGAGCCAAAGGCUCGACCUGGCCAUGGAGCUGGCUGAGGCGUUCUCCUUCAUCCACUGCUGCCUCAACCCCUUCAUCUACGCCUUUGUGGGUCAGAAGUUCAAGAAGCAACUCCACGAAGCUUUCAGUAGAUACACACGUUUUCUGUCAGCCUGCAAAGGUGGUUUCGAUGGGCACAGCUUGGAAAAGCACUCCUCUCUGCACACAAAGUCCUCACAGUUGUCUUUUGCUGGCACUGCCUUCUAG